AUGCCAACCAAGUCGCCGUAUCCGGACAUCCAGAUCCCCAAUGUCGACCUUUGGGGGUUGAUGUUUGAGCAGCCUCGGGACUUCCCCGACUCCCAAGUUAUCUACCGUGCUGUGGACUCUUCCCGGCACUACACGUGGGCCGAUGUCAAAGAAGCGGCCGCGGCUUUUGGAGCCGGUCUCCGCAACCUCUGGGACUGGGAGAAGGGCGACGUGCUGAAUAUAUAUGCCCCCAACGACAUCGACUUUGCCCCGAUCGUCUAUGGCGUCUUUUUCGCUGGCGGCAUCGUGUCGCCCGCGAACCCCGCGUAUUCGGCCGACGAGCUUUCCUUCCAGCUGUCCAAUUCCGGGUCCAAGGCGAUCGUGACGACGACGGAUUUCCUGGCCACGGCUCUCAAAGCGGCCAAGAAGUCCAACAUCCCCGAGGACCGCGUCAUAUUGCUGGGCAGCAAAAGAGAUCCGUCCCAUCGAGUCAAGCACUGGACCAACAUCCGCAAGACGUCGGGCGCGACCCGCUACAGACGGCGCAAGAUGGACCCGGACAAGGAGCUGGCUUUCCUCGUCUACAGCUCUGGGACGACCGGCCUGCCGAAGGGAGUUAUGCUGAGUCACCGCAAUAUCAUCGCCGACGUCCUAAUGAUCAAAGGAGCCAUGGGCAAGUGGUACUCGAGCGGGAACGACAAGAUCCUUGGAGUCCUGCCGUUUUACCACAUUUACGGGCUCACAGGACUGGUCCAUCAGCCGUUGCAUCGCGGCAUUGAGCUUGUCGUGAUGCCCGCGUUCAAUCUCGAGGUGUUUUUGAAGGCGAUCCAGGAGCACAAGAUCACGUUCAUUUACGUUGCGCCCCCAGUGAUCGUGCGACUUUCUCGGGACGAGGUUGUCGACAAGUACGACCUAAGCAGCGUGAGGAUGAUCACAAGCGGUGCAGCUCCGUUGACUCGGGAACUGGUCGAUGCAGUCCACAAAAGACUGAAAAUCAAGAUCAACCAGGCUUAUGGAUUGAGCGAGACUUCUCCUAUGACACAUACGCAGCCCUGGGAUGAAUGGUACACGUCCGUGGGAAGCGUGGGAAAGAUGUUCCCAAGUAUGACAGCCAAAUACAUGUCUCCCGAUGGCAAAGAACUUGGGCCCGGUGAGGCCGGCGAGCUGUGGCUGUCUGGACCAAACGUUUUCAAGGGGUAUUGGCAGAACGAGCAAGCAACCAAGGACGCCAUCACGGAAGACGGCUACUUCAAGACCGGGGACGUGGGCUUCCAGGACGAAAACCACAACUUCUACAUCACAGACCGAGUCAAGGAACUCAUCAAAUACAAGGGAUUCCAGGUGCCCCCUGCCGAGCUCGAGGGCAAACUGAUGGAUCACCCUGGGAUCAACGACGUAGCCGUCAUUGGGGUGUACGACGAAUUCCAACACACCGAAGUGCCUCGGGCUUACGUCGUGGCCAGUGAUCGCAGCAAGACCAGUGAGAAGGACGCAGAGGAGAUCGUGCAAUGGCUGGCUGGGAAAGUGGCCAAUCACAAGAGGUUGCGAGGCGGCGUGAGGUUUAUUGACGAGAUUCCAAAGAGUGCAGCGGGCAAGAUCCUGCGGAGAUUACUGAAGGACAGGGCUAAGGAGGAAGAUGCAGGGAACAAGGUCAAGGCGAAACUCUAG